AAAAAUAAAAAUAAAUUCGAGUCGAUCUAUUUUGUCUCUCGCUUAAACCCUUCGUCUUCCUCAAGACCAACCCAAAACCCUUACCAAGUUCGCUGUCAAAAUCCAAAACUCAGAGAGUUCUACUUGCCCGCCUAACCCCCACAACCGCAGCAAAAGAACAAACAAAAAAAAAAAAAAAAACAAAAAAUGAAAAAACCCAAAGCAAAAAGUUCAAGCAAGCAAAAAAAGCUCUCGGAGGUAAAAGAAAUCGAGCUUCUGAACUCAUGGAUCGAGGCCCAGAAACCCGAAUCCGGAUUCAAUCCCUUGUCGCUGCCUCCACUUUCCAAGGAAGAACGUCGUGUGGGAGCCAAUUCCUUCCCACGAUAUUCUGGGGCCACUUUGUUCAGUGAGUUGCCCAUCUCCAAGAAAACCAAGGACGCUCUGCGCCAGAGCAAAUUCAUCGAGAUGACCGACAUUCAGAGAGCUUCUCUGCCCCAUGCUCUCUGCGGUAGGGAUAUACUCGGUGCCGCCAAAACUGGGUCCGGGAAGACUCUGGCUUUUGUUAUUCCGGUUUUGGAGAAAUUGUACAAAGAGAGAUGGGGCCAUGAGGAUGGGGUAGGCUGCAUCAUAAUUUCUCCCACGAGGGAAUUAGCUGGCCAACUUUUCGACGUACUCAAGUUGGUUGGGAAGUACCAUGGUUUUAGUUCUGGCCUUCUAAUUGGUGGUCGCAAAGAUGUUAAGUCCGAGAAAGAGCGAGUAAAUGAGCUAAACAUAUUGGUUUGCACUCCUGGUCGACUUCUUCAGCACAUGGAUGAGACUCCAUAUUUUGAUUGCUCACAACUUCAGGUUUUGGUCCUUGAUGAGGCAGAUCGAAUUCUCGAUGUGGGAUUUAAGAAGGAAUUAAAUGCUAUCAUUUCACAGCUACCUAAAAGAAGACAAACCUUUCUUUUCUCGGCUACUCAAACAAAGUCAGUUCAAGAUCUUGCAAGACUUAGUUUGAAGGACCCCGAGUAUAUCAGUGUGCAUGAGGAGUCUGAAAAAGCCACCCCUACUGGUUUGCAGGAAACUGCAAUAAUUGUUUCUCUUGAUGAAAAAUUAGAAAUGUUGUGGAGUUUCAUUAAGGCGCAUCUCAAGUCAAAGAUUCUAGUGUUUCUAUCAACUCGUAAACAGGUAAAAUUUGUUUAUGAAGCAUUCAAAAAGCUCCGCCCUGGAAUACCCUUGAUGUGUCUGUAUGGAAAGAUGAAGCUGGAAAAAAGGUUGGGUGUAUAUUCACAGUUUUGUGAGAAACAUUCAGUUCUCUUCUGCACUGAUGUGGCUGCAAGAGGGCUUGAUUUUAAUCGGGCAGUUGACUGGGUUGUUCAGGUAGAUUGCCCAGAGAAUGUGGAGACUUACAUACACAGAGUUGGCCGAACUGCACGCUAUCAGUCUGGAGGGCGAUCGGUUUUAUUUUUGAUGCCGUCAGAAACAAAAAUGCUUGAGAAAUUACGAGCAGCUAAAUCACCCAUACAAUCUAUAAAGGCAAAUAAAAAAAGACUGCAGCCUAUUUCUGGGUUGUUAUCAGCUUUACUAGUUAAGUAUACAGAACUUCAGAAUACAGCUCAAAGAGCCUUUAAAACAUAUUUGCUGUCUAUUCAUAAACAGAAGGAUAAAGAAAUUUUUGAUGUGUUGAAACUUCCUUUGGAUAAAUUUUCGGCAUCAAUGGGUCUGCCUUUUGUCCCAAAGGUUCGUUUCCUUAAUAAGAAAAGCAAACAAAAUAGUUUGCAAGAAAAAUCAUCCUACCUUCAGCCAGAGAAUUCUGAGAAGGAUGAUGAUUUGGAGAAUCCAAGUGAGGACCUCAAACCAGUGAAUUCUGAGGAGAAUGAUUUGGAUAUUCCUAGGAAGGAGCUAGACAUUGGCAAUUUUAAGGAAGAGAAAGUGGACAGAGGUUUUCUUCUGGAGGAGGAUGCUGUAAAUGAGGAUGGGAAAGCCGGUGAUGUUAAAGAUAUCGUACCAGCAACUCGGAUUUUGAAGAAAAAGAAGCUGAAGAUCAACAUCCACCGACCAGUGGGAACUAGAGUUGUAUUUGAUGAGGAAGGCAAAACGCUACCACCCCUUGCGAGAAUAGCUGACAUGAACGGUGCUAAUGACUCACUCCUACUUGAUCAGGACAAGAAAAAAGAAUAUUAUAAGAAGAUGAGGGAACAAUUAAAGCAGGUUGACAAGGAAGACAAACUUUUGGAAAGCAAGCGUCGCCGAGAGAAAAGAAUCAAGGAGAAGUUGAAGAGGAAGAGAAAUAAUGUUGAAGAAGAAGACAGCGAGCAGGGUGUUGACUCUGGGUCAGAAGAAGAGGCAUCUAGGGAUAGAUCCCAUAAAAGGUCAAAAAUAUACUUUGAUAGCGACAAUGAGGAUGGUGAAGGAAGGGCUAACAAUGUUGAAAAAGGUAUCAGUGCCAGUUCUAUAUCAUUGGAGGAGCAAGAAGCUUUGGCUCUCAAGUUGUUGAACUCCAUGCACUCAUAAGCUGGUAAGAAAUCCUGCAUAAUGUGUUCUGUCAAUUUAAUUAUUUAUUAUUAGUGCUAUCAAGUUUUGAAAGAGUACUGAAGAGCUAUUGCCUAUAGUGAUGAUUGUAACAAUUUUGUUCAAAUUUUUAAGAGAACAGAAGAUCAGGUUUUUGUUUAUGGAACCGUCAAAGAACUUUUUCUAGAAACUUGUUCACAAACAAUUUUCUAUAAAUUAGAAAAUUAAAUCCAAGAGACUUUUUGGUGC